CUUCAUAGCCCCGCUCUACCACCUAGCCUUCAAAUCUUUACAAAAGUUGAUUGUUAUAGAUUGUCAAGAUUUAGAAAUAAAGACGGAUAUAUCUGAUCUCAACGAUCAAUUCUAUCAUUUUAAAUCCUUUAAUAUUCUUGGAAUAGGCCUGGACCUCAGUCCACAUUACAGAAUCAACCUUCAAAUAUACAGAGAAGAGAAUCCUGAUACUCAUGUUGGAGACCCAGGUCCACUCCAGGGAUUUAACAGUGGAAUGGUUCUCUAUGACCUGGAGAGAAUGAGAAACAAUGAAAUAUUCAACAGAUAUCUUGAACCUGAAAACAUGAAGCAGUUAAUGAAAAUGUACAGAUACAGAUCUAUUCUAGCGGAACAAGAUUGGUUUACAAAUCUGGGAUUCACAAAUCCAGAUCUUUUUUAUGUACUGCCCUGUACAUACAACGCCCAGACUACUUUAGAGUAUAUGCGAGAAGGGCCCGAGAAAGACUUCUUUGAUGAUUAUCAUUUCUGCGAUAAAUUUCACAAUUUAAAGGUUGUUCACUACAAUGGUUGUGGAUCCCAACCUAUAAACUGUGGGCAUACUGGAGAUCCAUCCAAACAUAUGUCACAGGGAAAUAGUUUUUCUUUAUUACGCACCGUGAUUAUUAACACAACUUCUUUCGCAGGUUGUGCUUUAUAG